AAUGUGUGGCUCCGCCAUGAUUUUCAUUCAGCCCUACACUUAAUUUUUCACUAAAUUUUGCUACUUGGAGCCUUCAAGCAACGGGACAGUUAUGUACAUUAAGCAGGUUAUUAUUCAAGGAUUUAGAAGCUAUCGUGAUCAAACCAUCAUAGAACCCUUCAGUCCUAAGCACAAUAUUAUUGUUGGCAGGAAUGGUUCAGGAAAAAGUAAUUUCUUUUUUGCAAUACAGUUUGUCCUCAGCGCUGAUGAAUUCAGUAAUCUUCGACAAGAGGAACGGCAGGCCCUUCUCCAUGAGGGUACUGGGCCACGUGUGUUGUCAGCUUAUGUGGAACUCAUCUUUGAUAAUACAGAUAACAGAAUACCAAUUGAGAAAGAGGAAGUAUCCUUGCGACGGGUGAUUGGUUCUAAAAAGGACCAAUAUUUUUUGGAUAAAAAGAAUGUCACCAAGAGUGAUGUGAUGAAUCUGCUGGAGAGUGCAGGUUUUUCUCGGAGUAAUCCGUACUACAUAGUCAAACAAGGAAGGAUCAAUCAGCUAGCUGUGGCAAAAGAUCAUGAAAGACUAAAACUAUUGCGAGAAGUUGCAGGAACCAGAGUUUAUGAUGAAAGGAAGGAAGAAAGCAAGACUAUUCUUAAAGACACUGAGGGGAAAAAAGAAAAGAUUGAUGAGCUUUUGAAAGAGAUUGAUGAACGUCUGGAGACACUGGAUGAAGAGAAAGAAGAACUCAAAGCAUAUCAGAAAUGGGACAAAGAAAGAAGGUGCCUUGAGUACACAAUCCAUGACAAAGAGUUGCGGGAAACAAGGGAAAAACUGGAUGCGUUGGAAAGUUCCAGACAACAGGAAACAGACAAAGCAAGCUCGCUCCAAAAGGAAAUCAAAGAUGCCAGUAACAAAGUCCAGGCCCUGUCUCAGAGCCUGCGUGAAGUUAUGGAUCGCAUGACAGCAGCAAACUCUGAGAGACAACAGCUUGAUGAAGAGUGCCAGGAACAAGUCAAACAAAGAACAAAACUGGAGCUGGACAUUAAAGACCUGGAGAGGAAUGUCAGAGAAGAUAGUGCACAGAAGAUUCAACACAGAGAACAACUAGAGAGAUUGGAAGAAACAAUCCAGUCAAAAGAGGAAGAACUAAGUGAACUUUUACCAAACUACAUACGGCUCAAAACUGAAGAAGAUGAAUGUUCUGCAAGAGUGAAAGCCUGUGAAAGAAGACGUACAGAAUUGUAUGCCAAGCAAGGUCGUAAAAAUCAGUUCAGAACUGCUGAAGAAAGAGAUAGAUGGAUUACUGAGGAGAAAAGCUCCCUAGCAGAAUCCAUAGCUAACAAAGAGUCACAAAUUGCUGGUGUAAGAGCAGAUGUUGAGAAACUAAGGAAUGCAGUACAAGAACUAACAGUUGAAAUACAGGAAAGAACAGACAAUGUGGAAAAGAGAAGGCAAGAUAUUGAAAAAGCAAACAAGAGACAUGCAGAAUUUAAAAAGACAAGAGAUCACACUACAAACAGUAGAAAGGAGUUAUGGAGGGAAGAAGCUGCAAUUGAACAAAGCAUGCAGAACACAAGAGAGGAACUUAGUAAAACUGAGAGGAAUUUAAGGAGUACUGUCAGUAAACAUGUCAGUAAUGGUAUUGACACAGUGAAGAGGAUUGUUCAAGAGAGAGGCAUUGAUGGAGUCCAUGGCCCACUUAUUGAGAAUUUUCAAUGUGAUAAACAGUUCUUUACUGCAGUAGAAGUUACAGCUGGAAACAAGCUCUUUCACAUCUUGGUGGAUUCAGAUAAAACUGCUGCACAGAUCUUGUCCAUCAUGAACAAACAUAAAUUACCUGGAGAAGUCACAUUUAUGCCACUCAACAGACUCCUCAGCAAGGAGCAACAGUACCCCAGCACGCCUGAUGCCCUUCCAAUGAUUAACAAAUUGAGGUUUGAGGACGCUUUUAGACCAGCUAUGCAGCUAGUCUUUGGUAAAACUCUUGUGUGCCGCAAUCUUGAAGUUGCCUCACAGUUCUCCAAAAGUGAAAAUAUGGAUUGUAUUACUCUAGAAGGUGACCAAGUUAGUCGUAGGGGUGCCCUGACAGGUGGUUACUAUGGGAACAGAAGAUCUCGCUUGGAGCUACAGGACAGUAUUUGGAAAUUACAAGAAAAAGUUGAAGGAGAAGAAACACGAAGAGAUCAACUGAAGGCUGACUUAGAAAAACUUGAUUCUGAUGUAACAGUCGCACUUGGAGAAUUACAAAAAGUAGAAACACAACAAGUGCAGCUAAGAGAAACAUACGAGAAACAGAAGAUUGAUGUGAAAGCUAAAACUCAAGAAAAGAAAACAGCUGAACGAACUCUGGAGUCAAAAGAGCAAGGGCUGUUACACUUUGAAGCAGAUCUGAAAUCCAUGCGUAGCACCAUGAGAGCUUUAGAGGAGGAACUGGGGACUGCUCUUGUGUCACAACUCAGUUCGCAAGAUCAAGAAGAGGUGGAUAAUUUAAACGGUGAAAUUAUGGCUCUCCAAGAGAGGCUAAAAACCGCCCUGUCAAACAGAACAAAGCUCGAAGCCAAAAAGAACACCUUGGAAAAUGUACUCAACAACAAUUUGAAAAGAAAACGAGAAGAGUUGAAACAGUCCCUCGAGGAAAUCUCACUCGAGGACCGCAAUUUACACCUGGAGACACUCAAGAGUGACUUACAUACUGUGUUGGAGGUUAUAUCUCAAAGUUCAGCUCAACAAAAAGAACUUGAAGAAGAAAUAAGAAAUCUCACCCAUAGAAAGUCAGAGCUACAAACCUCGCUGGAUGAGUGGAAGAGCGUUGAGAAGUUAAAAAGGGAUGCUAUCGAUGAUGAUGCUAAACACAUGGAGAAAAUUGCUCACAAGAGGAGUCUGCUUAUGAAGAAAAAAGAAGAUUGCACCAAAAAGAUCCGUGAGCUAGGAUCCCUUCCAGCGGAUGCAUUUGACAAGCACCAAAAAACUCCGGUAAAAGCGUUGUGGAAGAAGCUGCAUCAGUGUAAUGAGGAACUGAAGAAGUACAGCCAUGUAAAUAAGAAAGCGUUGGAUCAGUUUGUUAACUUCUCUGAACAGAAGGAAAAGUUAAUGAAACGAAAGGAAGAACUUGACAAAGGAUACCAGUCUAUCGUGGACUUGAUGGAUGUUCUGGAGCUCCGUAAACACGAAGCAAUUCUCUUCACGUUUAAACAGAUGUCUCACAACUUUACUGAGGUUUUUAAACAGCUUGUUCCUCAUGGGAAAGCUACUUUGGUGAUGAAAACAGAUCCGGUGGAACAAACGGAGGAGGAAGAAGACAGCGAGGCUUCUCAGUCACAGAGAUCUGUGCCUCUUGUGGAUCAGUUUACUGGAAUAAGUAUCAAGGUGUCUUUUACCGGGAAAUCCGCCGAAACUCGUGAGAUGAAUCAGCUCUCCGGGGGACAGAAGUCUUUAGUAGCCUUAGCACUGAUCUUCGCCAUUCAAAAAUGUGACCCGGCGCCUUUCUAUUUAUUCGAUGAGAUUGAUCAGGCUCUGGAUCCUCAGUUCAGAAAAGCUGUUGCAGAAAUGCUCCGUAAAUUGGCUGAGAAAGCUCAGUUUAUCACUACCACAUUCAGACCCGAGCUGUUAGAGUCCGCUGACAAGUUUUACGGCGUGAAAUUCCGAAACAAAGUCAGUCAUAUCGACGCGAUUACCGCUGAACAAGCCAAAGACUUUAUCGAGGACGACGCACAGGAGAAGUAGAUACAAUUUCGUGGUUCAUACUUGAAGGCAGUUCCUUGGAGAACACGCUCGAUUUAGUGGACCAGUCCUCACAGAUAGUCCACGCAUUUUAAAAGUCAUGCGUACACAAAACGAAAUUGCUCAAUCUAAAAGACAGGUGGACUUUCAGAAACUACCCUUCCAAGCAAUUCCUUCCUCGUUACAUUAUUCAGAAGAGAUUGCGCUAUUAUAUUAUAACAGAAUUAUUGGUUAUAGUGGAAGAUUGUUGUUCAUCUUGUUAAUAAA